AUGGAAGUGAGAUUGCAGGCGCGGGCACGCGACAAGCACGAGAAGGCCACCAAAGAAACUCUCCAGAGAAUGCAUCAGGUCCUGUCUAUGCGGGGAAACAGGUUCCACAGUUUUUUCAAGGACCUUUUGGCGGGCAGCAAACGAGGUUUUCACGAGAUGUUCAAGAAGACCUACGGUAUCCUUUACGAGCAGAACGCGUACGUCUUCACGGACUUUUUCAACGAGCUGGAGAAUUAUUACGCGAAAGGAACGGUGGAUCUCAACGAUGCCAUGGACAAUUUCUUCAACACCCUCUAUCAGAAGAUGUUCACCGUGCUCAACAGUCAGUACAACUUUGACAAUAAAUAUUUGGAGUGCGUGGGCGAACACAUGAAGGAGAUGCGACCGUUCGGGGACGUGCCACAGAAAUUGGGCGUGCAGAUUAAACGUUCGUUCGUGGCCACGAGAGCAUUCAGCCAGGCCUUAACCGUCGCCGCGAACGUGCUGAAAAAUAUGCAAUCGCUGAAGCCAUCGGCGGAUUGCGCAGCUGCCUUGACCAGGAUGACAGCCUGUCCGGCUUGCAGCGGUAUAUCGGACAACGUGCUGGCGUGCAGCUAUAUGUGUACCAACACGAUGAAGGGUUGCUUAGCGCAACACGCGGCACUCGACACCGACUGGAAUCAGUUCGUCGAGGCUGUGGACAAGAUCGCCGAUCGGCUGCUUGGACCGUUUAACAUCGAGGUGCUAGUGCGUCCAAUCAAUCUGAAGAUUUCCGAAGCGAUCAUGAACUUCCAGGAGAGCAGUUCUGACGUGUCGCAACGCGUGUUUACCGGUUGCGGCCGGCCGAUGCUGGGUAGACGUAGACGCAGGGACAAUCGCGAACUGGAACUAGAGGAGUCCCUGAAUUUCGAUCAGGAAACGUUAACGGAGGAUCGCGCCUCGACUGCCGCGAUUCUGGACAAGCUCGUGAAGGAAAUACGCCAGCGGGUGCGCGAUCUCCGACAAUUCUGGGUCUACUUGCCUUACCGGAUGUGCAACGAGGGUCUGGUUGCGCCACCCAGCAAUACGAAAGAAUGUUGGAACGGCACGCACGUAGACAAGUACUUAUAUCCGGUGUCGUCCGAUGGCGAGUCUCAGAUGAUGAACCCGGAAGUACGCAGUACGGGACCAAGACCGACCAUCGUGAGGGAUCAGGUUUUCGCACUGACCACCAUCACGAAUAGGUUGAAAUUGGCAUUCAACGGGCAAGAUGUCGACUGGAUCGAUACUGACGAAACGUGGUACGGUUCCGGGAGCGGUUCGGGCGACGGUACGUUCACCGACGACGAGGACGGCUUUAAGGAGGGCUCCGGCUACGAGGGACCACGUGAGGAAUUGGAGCCGGAACCCCCGAAACAGCCGUCGCCCCCGGUCGUCCACGAGGUUGAGAUACCGCCGCGAGUAGACAUCGAGCCGCACAAAGGCACGGGUACGAGCAACACGGGUACAAGCAGCAGCAACCAGACCAUCUCCGUGAACAGCGGAGAAGACAGCAGGCCGAAAAUGUCGCUGUUUAGGGCGCUGACGACGUACCUGAUGCCGAUAGUGGUGAUGUGGUUCGGCGGUUGCUUCAACGACUUGCUGUGAUCGUGUGAACCUUGUGACUCUAAGCAUAGCGCUGUGUAAAUAUUGCCCGAUUGCGAGCCGCGAUCUCGACGGCGACGAAUGAAGGAAGGAGGAGAUCACUCGACGGACUCUCAGAUCGCGUAAAUCGCGCAUCAGAUCGUCCCGCGAAUCUCGCGGAUUUCCGCAAAAACGCUUCGAGAAGUUUAAGGAGGACGUUUUCGCGAACGGAACGUCCUCCGGUCCAAUUCCUCGGACCCUCCGGUUCAAAUCGACUGCGUGCAUGAAAUCGAUUUAGCGAGUACCGAAAUCGCGUUAGGUGAUCGUCUUAGCGAGUACAUGGAUAUUCGUGGCCAUAGCUACUCGCUCCUGCCACAAAUGGGCAAGAGCGGGAGAAAUCGUGCGAGAGAUUCGUUAUCUACGCUGCUAUUCGAAUGAGAGACUGUAGGCACUCGGCGAGACCUAUUUCACUGAACUCUUACAACACUAGCUUUCGUCAGAGAUGGGCCGAAACGGCGCUUGGAACUUCGACAUUUCGAAUGUUAUUUAGAACUAAGAAAAUAAUUCCAUCGAGAAGAUAGACCGCCGAGCUGAAACUUCAAUGAACAUCUGAGAGCGAUUUCACUUUCAUUCUUCCACCUCGCUCUCUCGAGACGAAUCACGCAGGUGUAUUCUUUCACCGCUCGUGACGUGCGUGGUCAUCUCGCAGCGGGGUUUUCUUUCGAAGUACAUAAACGCAUCCACGGACUCUUUUAAAGAUACGAACACGAGAUUGCUUUCGAGAUUUUCGAGAGAUGUCUCGGGAAGGAAUUUUUACGUGAGCUGGAUAGAUAUUACGAGUGUAAUACUGUUGUAUAGUACGCUGUUACGGAUCACUGCGCCAUUUUACGGACUUUCCGAAUUUUAGAGAUGUACCGUUAACGUUAUAUCAGACUCUUACUGCCAAUUGUCGAGAUUCGAGUUUCUGCGUAAGUAGAUUAUCACCGGUGGUAGGAUAACGGCGGUUAUUCCAGUCUGAACCGAGUCUUUCCGAAUUUUAGAUACGCGAGCUUAUUCUACUGAAUAUGAAUUUAAAUGGGCACAUUAUCGCGACAGAAAGAUGGCUCGUUCCAAUCGGGUCAAACAUUUCCGGACUUUAAACUCACUCUCUUAUAAGAAUCCUACUGCCAACUCUGAGGGUAUUGAAAAAUGUUCUCGUUCUUUCUAUUCGAAUAUCUAAUACAAUACGCAAAGUUAUCCUAGUUCGUCCGUUUUCUUUUGGCACGCAUCCUUUGAUAAGCUGCCAAAGAUGAGAUCGUCAAUCAGGCGCGAUUGCCGCAUUGCGUGCCAUUAAUCGCUCGGCGAGUGAUUGAGAAACAUAAUGUAAUCGUACGUCAUUGGUGCAUCAUGGUGAUUACGUGCAAACCCUAAAUGAUCGUGCGAAGAGAAAGAGAGAGAGAGAGACGUUAAUUAUAUACACCCGAAAUACGUAAGAUGGACCGAACGGAGUAUACGAGCAGGACUGAGUAUUUAUUAAGUGUUCAUCAUGAGCGUCUCGGGGAGUAUUCGAGAUGAGCAUCUCGGAUGCGCGAGUCCUGAGUGCGCGGCAGGAGGCACGAGAACAAUCAGGAUCCUUGUCCCCGUUGACGUUUCACUGUCGCGGAUGGAUUUGCAGACAAGCCGCAGCCCCAUACGUAACGCCCACGGCUUUAAUUAAAAUCGAAGAUUUUAACGUGUAAUUGACUGCGCGUUUAGCGCGUCGAACGGCAUUUACUGAUGUUAUAUUAUUAUUUUUUGAUAGUCGUCAGAAGAGUCGCGAAGGGAUCAGCGGCGAUUCCGUAAGUCCAUCAGGCAAGGAUUCAACUUGGCUCACGUUGUGUGUGAGAUAUAUUAACGAAGACCGGUGUUUCCGUCGCUCGGUUUCGCCGACAGCGAAUACGAUCCCUUUGGUGCAACGUGUAACACGAUAUAAUCAAAUGGAAAUAGCAAUUAACGGAUAAUAACGGCCUGAACGGGUACCGGAGGGUGUUACGUUAUCGCGAAACCGAGCCGUAGAGCAUUGUAACAUUAAUCUGCAGUAGAAUUAAUAGCGUGGAAGAUGCGAAGGAACGUUUGUUGCGAUGUAAGGUGUAAAUAAGGAUAGGGGCGAUAAGGAUAAGGGAGUGUGAUAAGAAUGCGACGUGACGCUUACGCUUUCGGCGUUUAAAAUGAAGUAUAUGUGUAUGCGUCAGACUUUAUACGACGAGAGAAA